AUGAUACGAGGGCAUCUGUGGAGGGACCCCCAGAGGCGCUCCAUCGCGAUCGCAGCUAGUCUUCCGAGCUGCCGGCUUUCGACGAGGAUCCCGACGACAGCAGCGACUGUGCGGUGGCAGUCGCAAGACCGACCGAAGCCGUUUCAGCCGUUUCAGCCGUUUCAGCCGAUUCAGACGACGGCCUCACGCCAGAACCUGCCCGACGGCCCUCCUGCUAACCGGCCGUUUGGAGGCGGUCUUCCUCCGUCCAGGACCAAUCGCCCACCGACACGAGAAUGGGGCAAAUUGCAGCAGCGCAGUGGUCCGCGUCGGGGCAAGACUCCCCAUCAGGGCGGUGGUGCGUCGGACGGCAGCCCCCUGCAACAGCUAGCACGUGACAUGACCAAGCCGUCGCGGCCAAAAGCGUCGAUGCUGGGCUUUGAGCCCAUCCGCAAGGCACGAGGUGGCGGGCCACCAGGCCGCGACCGGAACGAGCAGCGACGGCCAGACGACUUCUUGGCGGCCUUUGGGGCCCGUGACAGCCCCAGCAGUGUAUCGCGAACAGCUCGUGCACGCACGCCCAAGGCCGACCGUCGAGACCGAGACAGCGGCGGCAGCAGCAGCAACGACAUCGCAGCCAACCUGACGGCAGACGGAUGGGACGACGAGAAGAUAGAGUUGGAACUGCAGUCGGAGUUCUCCGAUGUACCGCUGCUGUUUGGCGAGGGCCCACUCCUCACGGAUGGACCGCCGACCAGUGCGUAUGAGCAUCACCGCAAGGGCCGCAAGGAGAAGGUGGUGGCGGCGGAAAAGACGGGCAGAACAAAGGCCAAAUCACGGCGCCGGAGUUCGUAUGCGCCUGACGAAGACGACGAGUAUGAUGAGAUGACGGAACGGGCGGAAGAGCGGCGGCAGCGCAAAGAAGAAAAGCGACGACAGCGCGAGAUGGGCGCAGCAGCUGCUCGACAAGGCCCGAUUCCGAUCCUGCUGCCCGCAUUCAUCAGCGUGGCCAAUCUGGGCACAGCGCUGCGGGUGCGACCACACGUCUUUCUGCAGCAGCUGGCCGAGCUGGGCUUCGACGACAUCACGCUCGACAACAUCAUGACGGGCGAGACGGCCGCGUUGGUCGCACAGGAGUACGGCUUCGAGCCGACAGUGGACCUGGGCGAGGCAGUGGACCUGCGACGCCAGCCAGCAGCAGCAGAGCCAUCAAAGCUGCCGGAGAGGCCGCCCGUUGUGACCAUCAUGGGCCAUGUGGACCACGGCAAGACGACGAUGCUGGACUGGCUGCGCAAGUCAUCAGUGGCGGCACAGGAACAUGGCGGGAUCACGCAGCACAUCGGAGCCUUCUCGGUCGAGUUGUCAGGCGGCAAGCAGAUCACCUUCCUGGACACGCCAGGCCACGCGGCCUUUCUGACGAUGCGGCAGCGCGGCGCGCUGGUGACAGACAUUGUGAUCCUGGUGGUGGCGGCCGACGACAGCGUCAAGCCGCAGACGCUGGAGGCGCUCAAACACGCGCGGGCAGCCCGCGUGCCCAUCAUCGUGGCCAUCAACAAGGUGGAUAAAGACGAGGCGCGCAUCGACCAGGUGAAGAGCGACCUGGCCCGCUACGGCGUCGAGCUGGAAGACUAUGGCGGCGACGUGCAGGUGGUGUGUGUGAGCGGCCGCACGGGUCAGGGCAUGGCCGACCUGGAGGAGAGCAUCCUGACACAGGCCGAGAUGCUGGACGUGCGAGCUGAGCGUGACGGCCUGGCCGAGGGUUGGGUCCUGGAGUCGAGCGUGAAGGACCGUGUAGGUCGGGCGGCAUCGGUGCUGGUGCGGCGUGGAACUCUGCGGCGUGGCGACGUCAUCGUGGCCGGCAUCACGUGGGCACGUGUGCGCGUGCUGCGAAACGAGGCCGGCGUCGAGAUCGACGAGGCGCCACCGGGAACGCCGGUCGAGGUGCUCGGCUGGAAGGAGCUGCCGGAUGCCGGCGACGAGGUGCUGCAGGCGCCGACCGAGACACGAGCCAAGGAGGCCACGGCGUACCGUCUAGAGGCACGCGAGCGUGGCCAGGCGGCAGCAACGGAACAGGAACGGCAGGCGAGCGAGGUGGCUCGAGUCGAGGAGAAGGAGAGGGCCGAGAACAUUAAGUCCGAAAAAUCCGAAAAAUCCGAAAUUGCCGAGACUGAGGCCGAAACGGCCGGUCCCUCGACGGUCAAUUUUGUCGUCAAGGCCGACGUCAUGGGCUCGGUCGAAGCGGUCGUGGCGGCCGUGCUGGAGAUUGGCAGCCACGAGGUGCGGCCGCAGGUGUUGCGAGCAGCUCCAGGCCCAGUGACCGAGUCGGAUGUCGAGCACGCUGCUACCACUGGCAGUGCCAUCAUCAGUUUUCACGGUGGCACCGUGCAGGGCACCAUCCGCCGCAUGGCCAAGGAUGCCGGCGUGCCACUGCUGGAGCAUUCCGUCAUCUAUCACCUGAUCGAUGAGGUCAGGGACCGGCUGUCGGCCCGUCUGGCCCCGACUGUUACCACGCGCGUGCUCGGCGAGGCAGAAGUCCUGCAGGUCUUUCCCAUCAACGUGCGCGGCCGGCUUUUCCGCAACGUGGCUGGCUGUCGUGUGCGCAACGGCCUGGUCACGCGGAGUGGCCGGUAUCGUGUGCUGCGUGGAAAGGAGGUGAUCUUUGAUGGAAAACUCGAAUCCCUCAAACAGGGCAAGAAAGAUGCCAGCGAGAUGCGCAAAGGCACCGAGUGCGGGAUCUCGUUUGAUGGCUGGGGCGAUUUCGCUGCCGGCGACACGAUCCAGGCGUACGAGGAGAUCCGCGAGAAGAGGACGCUCUGA